AGACUCUGACGCCGGGGAGCGAUCCGCGCGGGAGGAUCAGACCCGGUGGGAGUGGGCCUAGGGACUCGUUGCAGAUAUUGGUAUAGCAAGGAUUCGCAUCACGUGGCAGGUGCGACUGGAAGUGGUCCGGCGCAGGGAUGGCGAUCAGAAAGGUUGGGAAGAGGCGGGAGUUUCCUACAGGGUCCCUAGGUGGGUUCAAGUGCAGCAGAUUUCUGGCUUGCUGGUGGAGUGAGCUCAGGUAGAGAGGCUCGCUACGGGGUCAGGAUGAGACCAGAAAGGCAAAGAAAGGGGUCAUAUCAUGCCAUUUACUCUGAACUGAGGGAAGAAAGAACAGUCUGUGUCAGGCUAAGAGCUGCUCCGCAGAGGGCACAAAGGCAAUCCAGGUUCUUAGUGGAGGGGGGGAAGGUGGGGAAGAUGACUUUUUCUGUUGUGCCCGAGACAAGAUUAAUAUUGGGAAGGGAGAGAAGAGAUGUUAUUACCGUAUACAGUACACCCUAGUCUCUCAGUCCGUUUCCCAGUCCUCAGAUGCUGGUUUCAGACUCCCUCGCUUUGCUCUUUCUUCGGUUGCAGGUCCCGAUCUUUGGGUACUCCGGGAGCUGCUCUCCAGACCCUGCUUCUGAACCUAUGGAUUCUCCAUCUAGCGUUUCUUCCUAUUCUUCCUACUCUCUUUCGUCCUCUUUUUCCACCUCCCCAGUGAACAGUGACUUUGGCUCCCCCUCCGAUAGUGAGGGGGAGGACAAGUGGGCUCAUGGCCCCAAGCCAGACACUGUUGGGCAGAAGGAAGGUUCUCGGCCCAGCCCUGGUCCUAUCCGCUGCAGGCAACGACCCAAGGUUUCCAGUAACCAACAUAUAGCAUCUCACUUGGAACAGCGGGGCUUGGCUUCUUCUAUGUCAGGAUCUGGGGUCAAAAGAUCAAGAGAUGGUGAAUUGGAGACCUGUAUAAACAUCCAGGGUUGUACCACAGAAGGAGACCUGCUCUUUGCUCAGAAGUGUAAAGAGCUCCAAGGAUUCAUACCCCCUCUCACAGACCUACUGAAGGGGCUGAAGAUGGGUCGAUUUGAGAGAGGAUUGAGCACUUUCCAGCAGAGCGUGGCAAUGGACAGGAUCCAGCGUAUCUUAGGAGUUUUGAAGAAGCCACAGAUGGGAGAGCGUUAUCUAGGAACUCUGUUACAGGUGGAAGGAAUGUUAAAGACUUGGUUUCCUCAUAUAGCUGCCCAGAAGUCAUCAUUGGGUAGUAGCAGGCACCAGCUGACCAAGUAUUUUCCAAGCCACCACAGUUAUCCAGCUGCUUCCUCUCCUGCACCUUCCAUGGAAAAGAUGGACCAGUCACAGCUAGGACAGCUAGUAUUAAAACCAAAGCAGUCUUGGCACCUCACCGAAUGGCCAGCUAUGAACCUCACUUGGAUCCACACUACUCCAAUUUGCAAUCCCCCUCUCAGUUCCCCAGGUACCAUCUCCUUUAGCCAUGGUCCUUUAGGCACUGGAACCAGCAUUGGUGUCAUUCUUUUCCUCCAGCAUGGAGUACAGCCCUUGACUUACUCAGCCCCAAUCACUCCAGUUCCAUCUACAACAGCAUCUCCUGUCAUCCCUGGUAAUCAUCAGAAACUAUCUGUAGAGGGGUCUCAUUAUCACAAUUUGCUAGUAACUCUGCCAUCAAACUGUAGCUGUGCCCCUUCCCCUCCUGGUCUACCCACCUUGACCAGAGAGAUGACCACAGGACAGCUGGAACAGAUGAGAGGCCAUCCUCCAGUUGCUCCUGCUGUCCAUCCUCUAGACCCCUAAUCCAGGACCUAAGACUGUAGUUUCUAAUUUGUGUAAAUAUAUGUCUCUAUUUUUUUUUUUUUUACUUUUAAUGUGUGCAUUUGUGUUGAAGAAAGAUAAAUCCUUUAUGAUUAAAUAAAUUUUAUAUCUAAAGAGUUUA